CGUGUUGGUCCGUUCGUUAGUCAUGGUGGAAAAUUCGAGGAGAGCGUACCUAUGCGCAAGAAUAAGUAAAGAAAAAAGUUGAAUAUUGAUUAAAAUUUCUGCAAAAAAAUAUAUAUAUGUAAUUAUAUAUUGUAAAUGUCUUUAAUUUAAGUGAUAUAAAUCAAAUAUUUGUGUAACGUUUAAUAUUUUAAUACGCGUCAAAGUACAACGAGUGAAGCUAAUCGCACACUAAGAAAAUCGAAAAGCAAAAGCACCAUCUACAAAUUUAAAAGAACGCAAAAGCAAAACUUUUCUUGUGUGUGGCACAUCUUGCAGAUUGCGAUUGCCAACGUUCGUCGUGUACUUUACGAAAAUAAAAAAAUUGAAAAACAAAAAAACAACAACGUUAAACAAAACAGAAUCAGUUAAUAGUGUGAUUUUUUUGAGGCUUUGUCUGUAAGUGAGAGGAGAAAGCUUUAAGCGGAAUCCCUUAAGCAAACAUCCCGUCGCCAUUUUGAAAGUGAUUUUACAUACAUACAAAUAUAUACGUACAUAACUAUCAGAAUAAAUCAACAAGAAAAACAAUCCAAUUUCCCUAUAGAAUAACAAUCGCAAAAUUUAAUUGAAGCUGGCAACAGUGAAAACAAGGCAACCUUAAUAUAAAUGCAAAUUAUUUGUAAUAAUCAGUAAAACAAAGUGGCAAAGAAAAACCCCCCGCAGCUGCAAAGCAAUCAAUAACUGCGACACAUACAGUCGUCUUCUUUACUCCCAUACCGCAUUACUAAAAUCGGCCAGUGUGUGAGCGAGCAAGACAACUGCAAAAGCAACAGCAGCAACAACAACAAUAUUGGUGUGAAAAGGUUUACAACUCAAAGACCCGACUUGGAUGACAGCUAAGACGAUAAGGCAAGAGAAAAAGAGCGAAAGGAAUAAAGAAAACAAAAAUUUUUGGAUAUUAGAGCUAAGAAGGAGAGCCUAACAAAAAGAGAUAAAUCAACAGACUGAUAAACAAUACAUAAAGUUAAAAGUUAAACUAUAUAAAGUAUAUAACUCAAGCUGUACAUACAAAACACGAGAAACAAAUCGAAUACUAGCUGCAAAAAAAAAAAAAAAUUUACUACGUGAGCAGCCGCCCGUUUGCCGAUAAAUCGUGUGAUAGAGAGGAAGAGGAGCAUCGUCACCGAUAACAGAGAGCGAGGCGAGAAGAUUCGGCGAGAAGGAGACGGAAACGAAGAGCAGGCAGCCAAGUAGCAGUUUCGAGUUUGUUAUCGAUAAUAAACAAAAUUGAUUUUAAGUGCGUGUGAUAUUUAAAGUUAAGCAUUAAUUUAGCGAAUAACCAAAAACAAAACAAAAAAAAGGCAAAAAGCAGAAAUUUUAUCAAGCAAAAGGAAAGAGAGUAAGAGAGCGAGUGAAAGAGAGAGAGAGAGAGAUCGCGCGCUUUAGGUAAAGCUCGAUUCAGAUUGAAGAAGAAAGAAAAGAGCAGAGAGCAGACAGCAGUGUGAAAAGCUUUGAAAGAGAAAGCGACGAAAGCAAGAAAUUACUAUGACAUACUCGCACAAUAGCGUUAGAAACAACAUUAAAAUGACAACAGCAUCAGCAACAAAGUCCAUUCGCUUGAAAAAAGGCGCAACGACCCCACCCCCAAUUCCCGGGACACCAACAGCAACAACAACAACAAUAGAAUCAACAACAACAAUAGCAGCAACAACAACAACAACACCCUCGGUAACUGCACAUUCCAACAGUAUUGCCAGCAGUACAAACUUUAACAACAACAACAAUCAGCACUUCCAUCAGCAAGCUUUAAGCACAUCGCCCACCCACUGCACCCCAAGCACCCCCAAUAAUCGUACUCAGCAGAGAUUGCAAUCGCAAUCCGCAGGCGCCAAUCAACGCAGUCGUCAACAGCGACAAUCGCCUCAGCAGAUGAGCGGAGGCGGAGGCGGGGGAGCGUUCUUCUUUGCCAACAACAGCAGCAGCAGGCGUAACGGAGGGGGAGGCGGUGGACGAUCACCACAGGGAGGAAUAACAUUGGUGCGACAAUCGCCAGCAACCAUUUUGGGCGGUGGUUUCUCACCAGCAGCAGCAGGAGUUUUGGGAGGAUCAGCAGGUGGUUCGGCACGCAAGCAGCGCAGAAGUCCAACAACAACAACAACAGUAGCAGCAGCAGGUGCAACAACAAGCAGUUUUGGUAUUGGCGGUAAGAUCUCGCCCCAACAUGCACUUAUACCCACCGCAUUGACGCACUUUGCGGGCAGCAAGUGCUUUGACGCACCGGCACCAACGGCACUGCCCAAGCCGCCGCAGCAUUGGACACUGACCAAGUCGGAGGAGAAGUUGGUGGCCAGCAGUGCUGGUCCCGCAUUGCAGAGUCUCUUGCGCGGCGAGAGAUGCAGUGCAUCCAAGUUGCAUCUCAAUGGCGGCAUUGGCGCCGGCUACGUCGUUAAGUCAUCCAAGCGCAAUCUUCUCGAUGACUUUGAUACGCACAACCUUAAGCUGUUGCUCAAUGUGCAGUCGUAGUUUAAAACCAACCAAAAGGAACCGAAGCGAGAUAUAACCCCAACUAACUGAACACGAACACGAAGGACCCAAAUGACCCCGUUAAUGACUUGCGAAACAAACAAAAAACAAGUAUACAAAAAUCAAAAAUAUAAAAAUUGUAAAAACUUAAAAAAAAAAAGAAACGAAAAAAAAACCAAAUCAUUUAAAUGAUAAUUUGAACUUUUUUAAACAAAAGAUAAAAACAAUAAUUAAAAAAAAAAAAAGAAGAGUAAAUGUUUGUGAUCUCAAAUGCAUCAUAAAACAGCGACAAAAUUGAGAAGCUAAAAACAAAAAGAAAACAAAACAACAAAAAAAAAAACAAAUCUUAAAAAACGUAAAAUUUAAAGAAAUGUAAACAAAUUGAAAACAAUUGUCCUCACACCAACAACAAUAACGACAGAACUACAACAACAACAACAACACACAGAGAUACACAACAAAAAAGAUGCAAAAUUCCCCAAAGACAACAACAACAACAAGAACUGUUAACUUCAAUAUGCAAACUUUGAAAAUGGCCAAUCGACAGAUAAAGAGUAAAAGAAGAAGAACCUUAAACGAAAUUAAUGAAAAUAUCAAAGAAUCGACGCUUGGCUAAAAAGAAGAAGACGGCAGAGAUGUAGAAAGAGAAGGAGAUGGAGCAGAGCAAGGAGGGAUUGAAAGAACAGUAAGAGAGAGAGCUCUAUAUGUAUGUAUAACGGAUACUUCACAACUGAACAUUGUUUUAUAAACGUGAUACGCAAAUAGACUUGAAAAAUGUAAUUGAUAAGUAAAAUUAUAAAUUAUAUAAAUAUGUAUGAUGUAUUUAUGAGUAAUUAAAAUGACGCUAGAAGCGCUACAUAAGUACACCUUAUGUUUACUUAUAUUCCCCAAGCGGACAAAAUGUGCAACGUACCUUAAAAACAAAACAAACACACAAAAAAACUAAAUAAAAAAAAAACAAAACUUAAGAAACUGUUGAGAGAUAAUAAGCACACACAACUGAAGAAAGAAGAGAAAUUAUUGAUGAAUCGAGAAAAAUUAAAAUCACAUUUAAUAAUCGUAAUAAAAAUAAUGAUAAUAAUAAUAAAAAUAAUAAUGAUACCCAUUAAAUAAUACCACCCACCAAAUCACAAAAGACUAAUUCAACUUAAAAAAAAAAAAAAGAAAGAAUGAAAGAAAGAAAAAACUCAACGACAAACUCAACGCUGCAGAGAACAGCGCAAAAUGCAUUCAACUUGCCUCUAUAAACAAAAGAAACCUUAAACUAUAACUAAAUAAAUAAAUAAAUUUAUAUAAAGAAAACUCAACGGCCUCUCUACCUUAAGAUAUCAUACAUAUGUAUAUGCAUAAAUACACGCAUACCAACACACUUAAUAUAUAGCAUAAACUUCCAUUAUUUUUAGUUUUUAAAACAAGCUUUGUAAAAAAUGAGUUAAAACAUAUGUAGAAACAAAAAUGGCUUUAAAUUCUAACUGUAAUUCUAAUUUAUACAUUCUUGAAUUGUACAUAUUAUGAUGCUAAAAAUAAUAAAUAUUUCAAAAAAUUAUUUAAAGCAAUUCUUCAAAAUGAAAACAAAUUCAAAAGCUAAACAAACAAACAAAAAAUAAGAAAACAAUUGUGAAACUUUGUUGCAAUCCCCACAAAACGCUUUAUAUAAGAGUUGAUGAUGAUGAUGAUGAUAAUAAGGAUAGUGUUAGAGAGGAGGAGAAUGAGGUAUAUAAAAGUAAACAAGAAAAUGCAACUACUACUUUUUAUGUGAAACUAUUCGUUGAUGCUCAUAUAUUAAAAAUAACAAACAAAACAAAAAAAAACACUUGAACCCAGUACCUUAUUUUCAUUAUUAGCAUUUAAUAUUAAUUGUUAAUAAUUAAUAUGUAUGUAAAUUAUUUAAGCAAUCUUCCCCUAAAAAAACCAUACCCCAACCUCACAAAAACAUCCAAAGUUAUUGUAUUUUGCGUAAAAAUUGUAAAAAAAAAAAAAAAACACCAACAACAAAAGAAAAAUCGCAGCGUGAGUUUUGUUGUUAUUUGUUUUUCUUUUUAGUUUUUUUUUUUGCCAUGUGAAUUGGCUCUUUGAGUGAUAAGCCAAAAAAAUUAAUUAAUGAAGAUGAUUUGAGUUUUAACCAUUUUAUAUACCGUAAAAGAAAAUGUUUAUUGUUUAACUUCCUGCUACAGCUAAAUUAUACAAAACAUACGAAUGAUGAUCAUUAUGAUGAUGAUGUUAGUUUUUAAAUGUUGAAAAGCCAAAAAAGUCAUGCACUACUGUUUAGGUUUACUUGAGAGCAAGUUGUCAUAUAUUGGUAGCUUUAAAGCUUGUAACCUUCAAGUUACUAUACACAUACACACACACACACACACACAUACACAUACAUGUACCAUACAUACACAUACAUAUGUACACUAUACUACUAAGAGUAUUUUAUGAAACAAGAGUUCGAGCAGUGCUCGACCCUAGCCAACAAGAUAAAGGUAAUCCCCCUUAAUCGCAUACAUACAGAAAGCAAAGCAAGAAUGAAGAAUUAAGAACUCAACAACUUGUCGCGCAGAAUUUUGCAUUUUUUUAAGAGUGUAAGCUAUAAAACACAAAAAAAAAAAAUAAGAAAACCACAUUUGUUACUGGACGUCAAUUUAAGUGAAACGUACAUUUGAUAAAUAUAAAUGAAAACAACCAAAAGCAAAAAUCUUAAAGAAAGAUAAAUACAGAAUACAAAUAAUAAUAAUAUCUAUACCCGAACCAAAAUGGCGCACAUCAUUGUAUUUGGUUUUUUUCACUUACCUUCGAGUCAGCCACGUUUUGGCUUUGAUAACUUUUAAAAAACACCAAUCAGUACAAAUUAAUUUCCAUUUUAAAGUUCGGGGUCAUUAAGAGCCAUACCCUCAAGCAAAGUCCGUAGCCCGACUCGAAGAUAAAUGAAAAAAAAUAUCAAAA